GGGUCUGGUUGUCAUGAGAGCGGCGGCCGCGGCCUGGGCGCUGAGCGUAGGCGGCCGGGGCUGCUCCUCGGCUGCCACCGGCACUGCGGCUCCGGUUUGCGGACCCUCCCAGGACAGCGGAGGCGGCGCCACCUGAGCUCCGCCGAAGGCGCGGCUCUGCCAAGGGUCGGCGGAAGGCCCUGAGGGUCGUGCGGCCGCCGAGGUCCGGGAGGCCUUCUGUCCCGCAUACCCGAGUCCCAGGGACGCGCCGACCGGAGCUUCCCAACAGAUACUCACACCUGACUCAGAUUGGCUUACUGGAGAGGAGCUUGACUGGCUGAGUAGCGGGAAGCCCCAGUACACAGAAUGCCCCACAAGAUCGGAUUCGUCGUCGUCAGCUCAUCUGGACACGAAGACGGCUUCAGCGCCCGGGAACUAAUGAUCCACGCACCUACCGUCAGCGGGUGGAGGUCCCCAAGAUUUUGCCAGUUUCCACAAGAAAUUGUCCUGCAGAUGGUGGAGAGGUGUCGCAUAAGAAAGCUGCAGCUGCUUGCCCACCAGUACAUGAUCUCCAGCAGGGUGGAGUUCUACAUCAGCGAGAGCCUGCCCGAGUACUUCGCGCCGUAUCAGGCAGAGCGUUUUCGAAGACUCGGCUAUGUCUCUCUCUGUGACAACGAGAUGACGGGCUGCAAAGCCCGGGAGCUUAAAUCGGUUUAUGUGGAUGCAGUAGGCCAGUUUCUUAAACUGAUUUUUCACGAAAACCACGUAAACAAAUACAACAUAUAUAAUCAGGUUGCUUUGGUUGCAAUAAACAUCAUUGGAGACCCUGCAGAUCUCAGCGAUGAAAGCAAUAUUGCGUCUAGAGAGAAGCUGAUUGAUCAUUACCUGGGGCCCAACACAGAGGACCCGGCUCUGGAAGGCACUUGUACUGGGUAAGAGUCCCGCCCAUAAGGCAAGAAACUUCUGGGCCUGUCCUGCGACUCGCCAAGUAUGAGUCCCCGCCACAGGAUGCCCAGUCCGAGGGCCUCCGAGCGCCGCUUAGAGUGAGGUCAGCCACUGACGAGAUCGUCGGAAAUACACUGAAAGAUUAAGGUCGCUAUUUUACUGAGCACGUCUUUAUUUCCUGUGCGAUCAGUUAUUACUAGAAGGUUCCUAAAAUGCAUUCGGGAAAAAGAUCCACCAGCCAUCCCUUGGUAUUUUAUUGGCACAGGCAGAUUCACAGGCAAAAAUGAAAGGUCUUAACUGACCCAAAUUGUCAGUUCCUGGAGGCUUCAUCUUAUGUCUGCUCGAAAACUCUGUUCUUUAAGGUAGUGAGAGGUACGUACGGCAGCAGUUUUACAGGCACAGUGUUUGCCGGUCCCUCUCCACCGCCCUCGCAUCACCAGCUUUAUGUUCCAUUGGCUUGGCUGCCUCUGGUCUCAGAGCAUCAGGACUCUCGGCAGGUCAGAGUCGGGGGAAGCUGAGGAGCCCCGUUUCCACGUUCCUUUUCGCCCCCUGCUCCCGGGGCACGUCUGUGGAAUGGAGAGCGCCUUCGGCACCCGGCACCUGCCCACUGCUAUUAAAGCGAGGACCCCCCCCCCCACAAAGGUGCCCGUAAACGAAACGAGCUCAAGACGAUGCCCAGCCCCUCCCCUGACAGCAGCUUCCCCAUAAAGGAAAGGUAAACACUCCGAUUUUCACAGAAGGGUGGAAUUCGCCCAUAACUUCUGGUGUAAUUCCACUUCCGCUUCACAUGGUCAGAGCUGUGACACAGAGUAAUUAAUACUCAGGCGGCUCUUCUGUUUGCACAAAAUAUGGAGCAGAUUUUCUCUGGUCGCUCAGGAGCCAUGGGCUCCCCUGAGUAUGUGCACCAGUGGACCGUGAGCCUGGCUCCCUGUAGAGGCCCCCGCCCUUCCCUGCAGGCCUGGUCUUCAUGGGAACCCCUGAGCCUGAAAGAGGCGGACCCAGGGCCAUCAUCAAAACUAAUGAUAGGGCCGGCCGAGUGGCUCAGUUGGUUAGGAGCUCGC